CAGGCAGCGUGAGCGACGCAGAGAACGGAGCGGGCGACUUCCUGUUUCUCGGUCUGUCCAACCAGUCAUUGGGGCCCACAGCGCCCCCUCUGUCACUUCCCCAGAACUGCCGCCUACCCCUGAGCCUUCUGGUGGAGAACCAAUGCAGAUUGGAGGCACACGUCUGUCAGCUGCAGAAAGACUGAGGCGACUCCAAUCUGGAGACUGUUUCUAUUGUGGCAAGCCUGGCCACAGAGUAACCAGCUGUCCUCAGCGGCCAAAAGACAGCGCUCAUUAGAAGUGGGGAGUCUAAUGAGCAAUAAUGAGUUCCCCCAAUCUUCUAAUCGUCUUCAGUCUGUAAUCGUGGGAAGUCCAGCAACCAGCCACCCUCCGGUUACCUUCAGCCGCUUCCAACCCCAAGCAGACCCUGGUCCCACAUCUCAUUGGACUUUGUUACUGGUCUCCCUCUCUCCCAAGCUGCCCACUGCUGCAGAGACUGCCGACCUCCUUGUUCUCCAUGUGGUCCGGCUCCAUGGCAUCCCUCUAGACGUAGUUUCGGACCGAGGACCACAAUUCACCUCCAGGGUGUGGCGAGCCUUCUGCCAGGCUCUAGGAGCCACAGUUAGCCUGUCUUCUGGUUUCCACCCUCAAACCAAUGGUCAGACGGAAAGGGUGAACCAAGACCUUGAAGCUGCCCUCCGUUGUAUCAUCUUGGACAAACCAACUUCCUGGUCCCAAUACUUACCAUGGGAGCGGGAACUCGCUGUCCCUUCAGUUCAGCAUCACCUUCGAAGGUGUCACAGGGUUUGGCGAAGAACUCGAGCAGCACUCUCCAGAACUGCAGAAAGAAACCGCCGUCUCGCCGACCGUCACAGACACCCAGCCCCCAACUAUCAACCUGGACAGGAGGUCUGGUUGUCCACCAGGAACUUGCCACUGAAAGACACUUCGAAGAAACUCUCGCCCAGGUUUGUUGGACCCUUCACUAUUGACCGAAUCAUAAACCCUGUUACUGUUCGCCUUAACCUCCCCAGGACAAUGAGGAUCCACCCAUCCUUUCAUGUUUCCCAAGUGAAACCUGUCCUGUCCAGUCCCUUGUCUCCUCCUGUUCCGCAACCCCCACCCCCCAGGAUCAUUGAUGAUGCCCCUGCAUACACAGUGCGGCGGCUGCUGGAUGUUCGCCGCCGUGGACGUGGUUUCCAAUACUUGGUAGACUGGGAGGGUUACGGCCCGGAGGAACGCAGCUGGGAACCACGUUCUGCCAUCUUAGAUCCUCAGCUCAUCCGGGACUUCCACAAGAGGACAAGACGCCACCGGGCGCCUUGGAGGAGAGGACCUGUCACAUCAGCUGCUGUGACCCUCACACCUGCAGGUCAUUCCCUAAUCAGCAGUGGACUCAAUAUAAGGACGGAGCCUCCACCUGCUCGCCUGUCUCGUCUGAUUAUCUGGACCCUCAUCCUCGCUUGUUAUCUUGGACCCCCUGGUGACGACCUCCUGCCUGCCCGACCACAGAUUCAAGGAUUGCCCCCAAACUCUGACUGGUUUCACGGAUCUGACCCUUGCCUGUCUGACCAAGAAGCGUGA